AUGCUGGCCUCGCUUCUGAGUCGCCUGGAGCGCCACAGUAAAACAAUGAUGUUCCACCCACACCAGCUGUCCAACUCUGGGGAAGUCGGCACAGGUCUUCACCCCUUCACCUCCCAUGGGCCCAUGGUACAGCAGGACAAUCCACUGCCUGAUUCUCUGUCCAAAGGAGCCUCUGAGCGGAGCAACGGGAAUGAGUGGCAGGUGCUGCAACCCGAUGGUCCCAUGCUGGUGGCAGAAGGUGAGACACUCCUACUGAGGUGUACAGUGAUGGGCUCCUGCAUUGAUGCCAUGAUAAAAUGGGUCAAGGUGAGCAAUCGGGGCCAGCAGGAAAUUUACAACUUCAGACACGGCUUCUUCCCUGGGGUGACACCCUUGAUCCAGCAGACAUUGGAGCCACUUGAUUGCGACCAUUCUAUCUAUAUCCAUAAUGUCACCAGGGAGCAGGAAGGAACCUACCACUGCGUGAGGUUUGACGGCUUGAGUGGACACUCAGAAAUGCAGCUGGAUGAGGGCACCUCGGUGCUUGUGAAGGGAGCUGAGAGCCUACAGCCACACCUCUGGAUCAUCCAGCCCCAGGAGUUGGUGUUGGCAACCACUGGAGACACUGUCUUGCUGAACUGCACAGUACUUGGAUAUGGUCCUCCUGGACCCGUGAGGUGGUUUCGGGGGGCUGGUUUGAGCCGGGAAGCCAUUUACAACUUCGAAGGCAUCUCCCAGCCCAACGUGACUGCAGUCCACGCCUCCAGCAGUGAUUUCAGCAUUCUUUUGCAAGGUGUCUCUACUGAGUACACAGGCACCUACUACUGUGUAAAGUUUCACAGGAAAAUUAACAGGCAAUACCUGUCUGGACAGGGCACCAGGCUGAGAGUGCAAGCAAAUUCCUCUUCUCCCCAAGAGACAGAGGUCAUCAAUCAACAUGUAGCCAGGAGAUUUCUGUCAGGCCUCCUGUCUGUGCUCACGGUCGUGGUCCUGGGACUGAAGGCAGUGACCUUGGCUGCACUCCUGGUGGCCCUGGCUGCCCGCUGGAGAAGAGCUGGGCAAGAAAACAUCAAAACCCCAGGCCCAGCAAAGUUGUGCUCAUUUUAG